GGAUCCGAAGAAUGAUUCAACCAAUGAGAGCUGUCGAGUUAUUCAUAUGCAUUUCACAGACCCCAGUCGGCGCAUGUCCACUGAGACACCAACACUGGACAGCUACGUCGCUCUCUCAGUUGACUCAGUGGUCUUACUUACACAGGGAGGUAGAAGGAACGGAACAACUGUUGUUCAUUUGGUCGGCUAUGUAGGAUGGCUUUUCAGUGGCUAAUAUGCUGUAGCCAAGCAUGUCACCAGGUUUUGAAGGCGACUGAUGAGUUGGAUGAGGAGAUUACAAGGAAGGACAUAACAGAUGUAAUGCCGGAUCGUCGUUGUUCAAGAGAGGACUGGGCCAGUCAUCUGACAGAAGAACAACGGAUGGCUCCUGUGACAGAGAGAGUUGUGUUGCUGGUGUCGGAGUGCCUGGGUGAAGGUUGGGAGACGGUCGGACUCCGACUGGGACUGUCCUAUGCUUGUGUACAGAGGUGUAAACUGCCUCGCUGUAUGCUGGACAAGUGGAGGAUGAAGGAGGGUGGGAAGGCUACAGCGGACGUGCUGGUGAAUGUCCUCCAGGAGAGUGUGUAUACCUGUACAGUGGACAUGUUUGCUGUUGUCAGGUGUUUUCAACACACUGCCUAAUAUUCACAACAUAUAUCACCGGUAGGCGCUGCAAAGAUGAGGAUCACAUUUGUUCAAGACCAUUGACUGUGUCGCAUCUGGAUGUAUGAAGAACAUGUACAAUGGAACUUAAUUACGUUAGAGAUUACUAUUACUGAUCAUCUCCUGUGUUAAGUUAUGUCUAAGUUAUGAAGUUACUAACCUGUUGCAAAAUACCUGUUGCUGCUAUUUGUGUGUAUAUAUACAGAUUUUCACUUGGGUUGGUAUCAUUUCCAACAACUAAUUCAUUUAACGUUGGAACUAAUUUGGGUUCAGGGCACAUUGAUAUUUGAUCAGUUUAGUGACCAUUGCUGGUGAACAUUUGUUACUAUGAUUUGAUAUAUUUACGGAAACCUUCACUCGAAUUAAAGACGUCUCUGAAUUGUAAGACGCUAAUGUGACAAGAGUUCAAAAUUUGUCAGUUUACAGGCAUUUCCGGAAAUAUCAUGUCAUUUCAGAAACAGAUAUUGAGUAUUUUGAGUAUAAAGUAUGCUGUUGUUUGUUUUUGUUUAUCUCGUCAAUGUCAACGUCAAUGGUUGUGUGCGUUGAUAUGAGUGAUUUAGAUCCGGGACUUCAGCAACCAAUCCUUGUCGUUAGAGGCGACUAACGGGAUUGUGUGGCCAGGCUCGCUGACUUGGUUGAUACAUGUCUUUGUGUACCAAAUGCGUAGAUGACUCGAUUACUCACAGACCGCUGUCAUUAAGUUUGCACAUCGCUGAGCGUAAACAAC